AUAGAAAGAAAAAUAGAAAAGAGAGAAAGAAAUAGAAAUAGAGAUCGUUUGCCUUUUCCAUUGUUAAAAUGAACGAUGAUGACUUCGACGGUCAAAAAGAGAAAACUUGUUGAAAUAAUAAUAAUAAUGAAAUACAUUUAGACUCGUAUUGACUCGACUUUACAAAUUCAACUGACGGAGGAUCAAUAGCACAGAUGAAACAUUUGUCAAGAUUUCAAUAUUCAAUGAGAGAGAAUACUCUUUAUCGGUAUGGAUCCCGAUUGAGUUUAAAUAUCAGGGGAUCCAUCAAGUUUUCUUCCGAUUUGGUUGCAGGCUGCACGUGGCGGGCUACGCUAGGCACAUGCGUCUUUCAAUCCGACUUCGGUUUUGCGCUUAACUGCGCCUUCAAAAAAUCUGGCCUCUUCCGGGUACGAAACCUCGGAGGUGUCAAAGGUUACCUUGGCUUGGGAUUCACGGUAGGUGACGAGCUAGGAUUUAGGGAAUCCCUAUCGAAUGUGGAAAGUGCAAGAAGGAGAAGCGUACAAACUGGAAAGACUGGUCUUUCUGUUGGUUCUACAAACUUGGCCACAAACCGGAACGAUAAUCAACAAAAAGCAAGACAAGUGGUACCUCCUUUCAAACCUUUGCCAGUAGGGAUGAGCCGUCCAAUGAGUCAACAACCGGAACGUCAAAAAUUAGUAGUUCAACAAAAUUCAACGGCUCUUAGGACGGUAGCUGCACCGUCCUUGGGUACACAAGAAGAUAUGAUAAAGUAUCAACAACAACAGGAAGCAAAGUUGAAGCAACAGCAAAAGCUUCAACAGGAGACUCUUGCUUUGCAAGUGUUGAAGCAACAGAGGCAACAACAACAGGAAGCGAUGCGUCAACAGCAUAUACAAAAGAUGCAACAACAAUACAAGCAACAACAGUUGUUGACUCAGCAACAACAGCAACAAAAGCAACAGAUGAUGGCUCAACAGCAAAAACAGAUCCUCGCGAUGCAAGCCAAGAGGAUACAGGCCGCGAUCGCAAUAGCAACUACAACGAAAGCUCCUAACGUCGUCCCAGCGAUAACGAAUAUAGUACAAUCCGACCAUUUAAAACCUGUUUCGGCGGCACUCACUUCCACGGCUAGCAAUGGCUUACCACCUUUCAUCGCCAUGCCUCAAUCGUCUUCCAGACUUACCGAUAGGAUCAGCAAUAGCGCUACGGUACUCGACGAUUCUGAUAAUGAAGUAUCUAAGGACGACUAUAAUCAGCUUCCGUUGCCAGGCGAAGAAGCUGCAUCCUCUGUGAAUAAAAUGACUUUGCUCUCUCUGCAACCAAUCGCGACGGCCGAACCCGCUCAAAGUUUACCUCUUCAACAAAAUGAAAAACGACAGUCGUUACCAGCUUCCUUACCUUCGUUAGCACCGAUUCAAGGGAUGGAAACGUCCUUGAAAGCAUUAGCCGAAGCAAGUAAUAUAACGCUCGAAGCGUUAGAGGCAGCUAUCCUUUUGAGACAGCAACAACUUAUGCAGAAACAGAUGGGACCCAGCACAACUAGCACGACGACGACCACGACGACUCUUUCGCCCCUCGUUAAAAACAAAUACGGUAAUCCCGCUGCUACGAAAGUAAUGAACGCUCCGCACGAAUAUUAUCCCGUAGGAUACGAUAAAAACUUUGACGAUAAUUUUGCAAGUCGGGUUGAUCUACCCGACACCAGUUUCUACUGUGGCGAUCAAAAACAUUUUCCAGGUCUUUACGCCGACGAGGAUUUAGGAUGUAUGGUCUUUCACGUAUGCGCAUUAACCGAUGACGGCUUGAUCAUGAAGAGCUUUCUGUGUCCCGAGUCUACGCUUUUCGAUCAAACGAUCCUGAAAUGUAACUGGUGGUUCUACGUCGACUGUCCAGCUUCGAAAAAUCUCUACGACAGCAAUAUUCCAAUCAGCAAGAGUUAUCAGCUGAUGAAGGCUCUCGCAUUUUUCUCUGCUUAUAAGAAUCACGAUAACGGUACCGUUUCAACGAAGGAAAAUAUAGACAGUGACGUUGCUCGAACGUAAUAUUCGAAUUAUCUGAUAAAAGAAUAACGUCGAUAAUUCAUCGCUCUUCUCCUUUUAUAUUCGUAGCCAUUAAUCUUAAUCAAAAAAAGGGGGCGUAUGACGUCGCCGAGUCAUCCGUGCAUUAAAGUUAUCUAAGAAAAACAGUCGAGAAAAAAAACAACAAAAAAGAA